UUGUAGAUUUCGCGCUGUUUUGUUGUUGCAACAAUUGCUUGCCACUUAAGCUGACCGCUAACUUGGCCGCGAGUGGCUGCGCCAAGUGUUGCGAAUGUCAGCGCCGCGACCCAGAGUGUCACCCAGCCUUGUGUGGCAUGCGGCACGUGGCAAGUGGCAUGUAGCGCGCGCCACAGCUUUUCACAGUGCACAGCAUGACAGCAACAUUUGUAGUUGCCGGUGCCACAGCCGCAGACACAGACUUCAAAACAAACUUAAAACUGUAUGCAAGAGUUGUUAUGUGUGUGUGUGUUGUGGCAAGCACACACCCGGCGUCUGCCAUGACAUCAAAGAGAUUUCUAUCUGCAUUCGCGUAAAAUCCAUCGCAUUUUUCCUUUGCAUAUUUCAUAAUAUUUCAUUUCAGCGCUUUUGUUGUGCUCUAGUAGCAUUUAGGGUAGAGGGAGAGGGGCGCAGUGUAAUCGCAGACAGCUGAUGCAGCACAGCAGGCAUGGCGCGACUGAGAGAGAUUAAAUGCGUUAACGCUUGAAAAGCUUCUUAAGCUCAUGCCGGCCAACGGUAUCAGUUGCUCGCUGUCGAUGCUGGUGCGUGUGCGAUGUGGCCCGAUUUGCCGCUCGAGUGACUUCUACGGAUGUGCUGGCAGAGCAGCUGCUUACAGGAUGAAGCAUCCCUGCUCUGGUUCUAAAUAAUUUGCAUUUGCUGGUUGUUGGCGCUGUGGCUUUUGUCUGCGUAUUAGUGAAUUGUUUGAAAGUAUUAUUCCGAGUGGAGAGAAAUGUGGACUGAGCAGCUCUCCGACGCUUCCUUUUGGGUGUUGCAAAAUUCGUGGUAAACUUCUUAAUACACUAGAGAUAAAGCCAUGCAAUAACCCAAAAUACAGCGAAUACACUAAACCCAAUGAACAAAGGUUCAAUGACAGUUAUGGACUCAUCCGCGAACACUACACAUUCCAGAGAUGAGCUUGCUGAAUUAAAAAAUCGCGAGCAUACAGCGAACGAGGGUCUAUCGAUAGCAGAGAUGCAACUAAAACGACGAAAAGAGUUCAUAAAAAAGAACAUAGAAGCAAAAGUUGAUGAAGAGACGCCACUAAACGCUGUAAAUAUACUAGCGGUAACGACACAACAAUACCCAAUAGAAAACUUUGAAUUAGGGAGCACACACCCUCUAGGAAACUAUACAAUGGCGUUCCAUCCAUUGGGUAUCGACGUUACCAUUGAUUACAAUGCAUACCCACAACAACCGCUAUGCUGCUUAGGAUCAAGGAAUACACACCUGUCAGAAAACUAUAAUUUCACAACAAUGUCAACCCAUUCGUUCAGUAUCCACGCUACCAAUAGUUAUAACGAACCUCCACCACACCCGCUAGAUAAUUUUGAACCUGAGAAACGUGGUUUACCAUCUUCAAGUGUGAAAACAGAUACACCUUUCGAAGACUUCACAACAGUGUUACCAUAUCGCAUGAGUAAGGCUAUGAAAGAGAAGCAAACCAUGGAAUUGGCCACAUACUUAAAUUUACAUCCACAAUACCCGCUAGGAAAUUUUGGAACAGAGCAACGUGUCAACGCCGAUGCUGCUAUGCGUACUCCAAAUAUGAAAACCGAACCACCUUUCGAAGAAUUCACAGGAGUGUUACCGUAUCGAAUGAGUAAGGCUAUGAAAGGCGGUUGCUGUUCAAUGAGGCAAUAAUUUUUUCGAAGUUUCAGUUUUUUCAAGGAAGCUUUUAUUGAGCGCAUAAUCACGCAUCGUGAGUCAAUGGUGUGACCUUUCAGAUCGUGUGAUUUAAAACAGCUGGAUUAUUUUUUUAAGGUUAUGUGCAAUUAAUUGUGUACACAGAUAAACCCUUGGAAGAGAAUAUUUCGGCGAGUUAUUGGUGACAUGCGACCCCAAUUUUCGCAAAAAGUGGUCGAAAAUUAGGCCUCUUCUCUGGAACUUUUUCGAGCCAGGCCUUUAGAACCGGAGCAUUUAAGUAUCAAGAUCUCCAAAUUUUACGGCGAAAACCUGGAAACCUAUCUACGUAAGUCAUUCUGAGAAACCUUACUUCAUUUAGGAGCUCAGUUUUUUAAAAUUUUUUUCACCUGAAAGGAAGUCCAUGUUAAGAUAGUUGCUGUGACUUGCAUUUGAUUGUGUCGUAGAAUUUUCGUGCGCCGCCACUGUCUCGCGUAAGUGAGUCGAAAAUCUGAAGGAAAAUCGAUGAAUAGACAAGUAAGUAGCGUAAAUUGAGUUAAGCUAUGUUUAUAAUUCAAUUUGUGUGGCAAUUUAAAAUCUUUUCGGUGCUUGUAAUGUGAUCUUUUGUUACACCAUGAUGGCGCACAAAUUCCCGCCAACAGCAACAGCAACAACAGCGUGACUGGUAAAAGCAUAAUGAUGAAUGAUGCUUAAAAGCCUUUUGGUUGUUGUGAUCUCUGCUUGACAGUAUUGCUAUAGUUGCUGUUGUUGUUGCCAUUGCAAUUGAUAUACUUUUGCUGGUUCAUUUGACUUUGACAAAGUUCAAGAGAAGGCGAAAAUCCACACUCACACACACACACUGACACAUACGGUUUUCGUGCGUCGACAGACUUUCCUGCGCACUUUUUUGCCUCCGCUGUCAAUGCCGUUAAAGCUGCACUUAGCAGCGACGACUAGUUGAGACCCAGCUGAGGUGGCUGACUUUAUUGUUGUUGUUCAGUGCGUAAAAAGGAAGCGGCGUCAUCGCAUCCACAAAGCUAAGUUUGUUAGGUUCAAAUGCCUGCAGCUGAGUUGCUUGCUCUUUCAUUUUAUUGCGAGCGCUGCUUCUCAUUGCCUCUUUUAUGCUUCCAAUCAAAGAAACCAAAACAAAAAACUAGAAAAAGGACCGGGUUGAAGCACAAAAGUUGGGUGAUUUCACUACAAGUAUUUAUUUUUUGUACAAAAUGAGAUUAUGGAUCAUCGACCGUAGCAACAUUCCACUUAGCCGAAGUUCAGGCAACUCGUCUUGUAUAACUGUAAAUCAAUAUUUUUAAAUUUGCUUGUAGAGGAAAUGUUAUGAAAAUUUAUUAAAAAAAGAGAUAAUAAGGUCUUCUAAUAGAAAACACAUAAGUAACUUUGUUGUGAGUUUUAGCUACCCGAAAGGAACCUUAAACUAUAGCUAAAAGCUUUAUAGGCCAGUGAUGAAAUCUAUUGAAAAAGAAAGAAAAAUAAUUUACGGACAAAGUUUCGUUUGGAAAAAAAGGGUCCUUUUCCGAUAUUCAGUCAAAAUUAGGUGAACACACAUUUUUUUAAAACAAAAAAAUUACAGUGUGUUUUGAACAUAAAAUGGUUAAUUUAUCACAAAUUUCAUGAAAGAACCAAAUUUUUGUGCAAUAUAAAAUAAUAAAAAACCAUAUAAAUUUUCACAUAAAUUUUGACAAAUUCUUAACAUCAAAUUCGUACAUAAUAUUAUUAUAUGCUAAUUAAGUUUUACCAUAGGAUUCGUAGUUUUGCAGAGAUAAACCAUUUCUAACCCUCAAAAAUUCAACCAAAAUAUUCAUGUAAGAAAUUUAACCAGAUAUUGUCCGAAAGGAAGGAAUUUUGAGGUAAGAAAAUGUGGUUUAUUUCUGAAAAUCCAAGCAAGCAUCAACAAAUAAAAAAAAAAGAAAGUCACUGGUUUCAAAAUUCAUGACAAGAAAAGUUCUAGUACUAAAAACAGAAGAUAGACUUUAUAAAUUAUAUAUAAGUUAAUUAUACCUACUAACUUUUGCAUUAAGUUGAAGAAUUUGUUUAGCAAAUAUACAUAUUUUGUUCGAUAACUUCUUGCCAUUUUGAAGGUAAUAAUAUAGUGCCACUCUCACAGAAUCCUCGUCGGCAAAAGCAUUCAACAUUUGCAGGAAGAGGUAGUAAUCGCUGUGUGGUCUGGCGUUGCCUUGGUGGAAAACAAUUCCUCACUCAGUUUCGGUACGAUUCCUUCCGGACGGUCUAGUUAUUGACAGCGCAGAUAGAAAUUAAGAGUAUCCAAGCCCAUCAAACACAUUGCAAAACUUUACUGAACGUUAAUUUUGGCUUGGUCACCAUUUUCGGGGGCUGACCGCGAUUCGACUACGACCGUUUUCAUAUGUAAGUCAUAAGUGACCCACUCUUCAUCAACAGUAACUAUUCGCUUUAUAAAUGUAUUGAUUUUGUUGCGAAUUGUAGGUGGAAAAUCGGUUCAGAAUAUAAUCAACUUGUCACGAUUUUGAAACACCCGAUAACUCUGUAAAUUAUAAUAUAUAAAUGCAUAAACGCGAACUUGUCUUACAGUUUUCGAGCUAUCGGUCUCACAUUUUUCACACGAGUUUUUCUUGCUACAGCUUUCUUGUCGGAACCGAUAUUUGACAACUUUAGCAUAUAGCUGCUACAAACUGAACGAUCGGAAGCAAGUGCUUGUAUGGAAAAUUGUUUCAUUUGAUGGGUUUUCUUCCAGAAAUUUAGUAGAGAUUAUAACUUAGUGCAUCGCUACAAUUUUCAAAAGAACUGUUCAGAUCGGACGCCUAUAGCCUAUAGCUGCCAUACAAACUGACCGAACAAACUCAAGUCCUUGUAUAGAAAACUCUUUUAUUUGUUUAGGUGUCUAGAUUAUUAUUGAAGGUAUUGCUUUCCAAAAAUAUUGUUCAAAACGGAUCACUAUAGCUUAUAG